AUGUCUUCACCAAAUCAAGCUACCACUCAAGACGUUUUUUCUUGGGAUAAACUGCGUGGCCUGCUAGAUGAAAAACUCAAAGACGUUACCAAGAAAUCAGAUUUAGUUGAAAUCAAAUCUACGAUUGAAGAACUGAGAGAAGAAAACAAGAAGCUAAAAAAUGAUGUUAAAAAACUGACAUCUCGUCUUGAAUUUAUAGAUCGUAAGUCCCGGUCAUCAAAUGUGGUUGUUUCUGGCUUGAAUGCUGUAAAUGUGAAUGCUGCCAGGGCUGAAUUUAUGAAUCUAUGUACAACGGUUCUUAAUGUAAAUACAAACGUAAUGUCUACGCGUAUAAUUUCUUCGGGGCGUUCAUUUUUGUUCUGUUUGGAGACAAGUAUGCAGGUUUACAACGUUAUUGCUGCCAAACACAAGCUAAAAGGUCAAACGAUAUAUAUAAAAAAAGAUUAUACCGAGGAGGAACAAAAUGUUCGUUUCAAUCUACGUCAAAUUAGCAAGAAGAUAAAUAAUUCCAACAAAACUAUUAAAGUUAGAAUGCGUGAAUUCUGUAUUUUAUAA